CCUGUUCAACCUCAAAACUUAGCGCACAACAUACCUCAAAACACUAAUACAUCUUUCGAUAAACUUACAGCCGAGCAAAGAUUUGAAAUUUUAGAUAAAGGUACUACUGACCCGCUUGAUAAACCGCCAAAAAUAAUAAAUCAAGAGCCUACACUCCCGAUCGAUAUUUACUUAGGACUUACUUUUGAAUAA